AUGGUAAAGGAGACAAAACUUUACGAAGCUCUGGGCGUCAAGCCGGAGGCGUCGCAGGAUGAGAUAAAAAAAGGCUACAGGAAAGCAGCCUUGAAACAUCACCCUGACAAGAACAAGGACAACCCCAACGCAGCCGAAAGGUUCAAGGAGUGUUCCCAGGCGUACGAGAUCCUAUCAGACCCCGAGAAGCGCAAGAUCUACGACCAGUAUGGCCUUGAUUUCCUGCUACAUGGCGCCUCUGCUGGACCCGAACACCCCAGUGCCGGCGGAGCUGGCGGAAUGCCCGACUUUAGCGGAGCCGGUGGCUUCGGCGGCUUCCCUGGCUUUGGAGGUAUGCCCAGUGGCGGCGGUACGCAAUCCUUCCGCUUCUCAACGACCGGCGGCGGCCCUGGUGGUGGCUUCAGCUUCACCAACGCAGACGACAUAUUCACCGAGUUUAUGCGCGCCAACGGCCCCAACGGCGGCAUGAGGGGCGGUAUGGACGAUGACGACUUCGACAUGCUGGGCGGCAUGCCCGGCGGCUUCGGCGGUAGCCGGGGGUCCAAGAUGCGGCCUGGUUUCGGCGGAGCCCCUGACCCUCGCUCUAAGCGUGGGUCAACACCCGAGGUCCUCUCCGUCGAGCGCCCACUUCCCGUAUCGCUCGAAGAUCUGUAUAACGGCGUCACCAAAAAGAUGAAGAUCAAGGCCAAGCGGUUCGACCCGUCAGGGAAGCAAAUCCUGAAGGACCAGGUCCUCGAGGUUCCCAUCAAGGCCGGAUUGAAAAAGGGUUCCAAGAUCAAAUUUAAGGGAGUCGGUGACCAGGUAGAAGGUGGCCGGCAAGAUCUGCACUUUGUCGUCGAAGAGAAACCGCAUCCCCUUUUCCAGCGCGAAGACAACGACCUCAUCUACACAGUCACACUCGAGCUCAAGGAAGCCCUGACUGGUUGGAGGCGCAAGGUCACCACAAUCGACGGCAAACAAAUCAACCUCGAGAAGGGCGGUCCUACGCAACCCGGAAGCCAAGAGCGCUACCCAGGCUUGGGAAUGCCCAUCUCUAAGAAGGCAGGACAGCGGGGCGACCUCAUCAUCAAGUACAAGGUCAACUUCCCAUCGAGCCUAACAAGCCAACAAAAAGAGAAGCUGCGGGAGAUUCUAUGA